AAAUGAAUCUCAAUAAAAUCAAGUUUUCAAUGAAAAACGAGUCUUAGAAUAUUUAAAUAUCUAAAUAUAGCCAUGUCCAGUGCUGCUGGAAGCGUAGCGGAAUUCGACAGAGACCACCUCCUAAAUUCCAUAAAGAAUUUGAUCGAAGAAAUUAGAUUGUUGAAAGUCGAAAAUGAACUAAAUGAAAGAUUUCUACGAAAAAACGACGUGGAAUUGCUAAACGGUAUAUUGGCAUCCACACAGGACACUGAAAAUCGUAAAACUAAAAUCCAAUUUGCCGAUUCGGUCCAAAAACACCGCACUGAAAACAAUGCUGCCGCCACACCCUCAGCCCAUUCUAGUGAAUAUAGCUUAAUUCUAUCUGAAGCAGAUUCUUCGUUGCGUUCGAGACGUUGUAGUUCUAUCUCAUCGAUGGGCACGCUUCAAAAGAACCGACAGCCGAUGGGUUUAAGUUUAGUCAUAAAAACUGGCAUUUGCGAAAAUGAAUGCGAAGUUGAGCGAGGGGCGUUGAAUAUAUUUGAACAAAAUAUGAGGACACAAUUUACUGAACUCUUGGCCGAGAUGGAAGAAAUCAAAUUGACCAGUCAGGAUGUUUGCUAUGCUCGGGAAAUGUUUAACGACUUUGUUAUUUUAAACGGUACGAAUCCGGUAACUAUGCAAGUGCCACUGGAAAGAUUUCAGAAAUUCAUCCGCAAUUACAACAAAAACGGAACGAUAGCGGUCGAAAAAAUGCGCUUGAAAUGUUUUACUCUCCAAUCGAACUAUGCCGACAAAAAAUUGGAACUGCAACAGAGAAUGGACAUGAGCAGCAUCCUGAGACCGGUCGAUUUUGAGCAACUCAAAAUCGACAUUAGAAGUCUAAGCACCGCUCUGGAGGAAAAGACCGCAACUAUGCUGCGCUUGAAAAGUAUUAACGGUAAUAGAUCGCUCCAACUGGUGGACGAACGACGUCAAUUGGCGACAUUGGAAGAUCAUUUGCACGGAUACAAGGAAAAGUGUAAAUCGUAUCGUCGUGAAACGGAACAAAUGUGCGGAAAAAUUCUGAAAAUCGAAAACGAUAUCAAAUAUUGGAAGAAUUUGGUCGACGAAUUGAACGAUAAGAUACGAUGCUAUGUUGCACCGACGUUCGAAGAUUAUUUUCAGUUAAAAAUCGAAUUGAGAAAUAUGCGCAAGGAGGAGUACCGCUUGCAACGGAAAAAGAACAUCGCUCUAAUCAAACUCAAAAAUUUUAACCAUAAAUUGCGGAUCGCGAAUAUCACAAAUUGAGAUGUUAACCGACUCACCUUUUGCUCUUUAGUCUCUAGUAAAAAAAUUUCUUGUUCGAUCAUUGCGUUUUCACAGAGAUGCGGAACGUUAAAUAAAACUCUCAAAGCUAAUUU